AUGUUUUCUCAUUUCUUUCACAUUGUCGCCAUAUUUUUUCCCUCUGUUCAAUGCUCUUUUUAUGAUUUCUUCAUCUUUCUACCUCCCUUUACUUUUCCUUUAUUUUUUUUCAUCCGCCAUCUUGUAUUCGCUUGUAUAUUUCUCUUGUUUUUCAUUUCUUUUUUUCUAUUAUUUCCUAAUUCAAACUUCAUUUCUUCUUUUCCUUUGUAUAUCUUUUUUUCUUUCUACUUUAUUUCUUCAUUAGUUUAUUUAUUUUAUUUACUUCUUUCAUUAUUUUUUCUUAGAUUCCUUUUAUUCGUUCUAUAUUCUUCUUUCUUUCUUUUAAUACUAUUUAAACGCUUUAUACCUUCUAUCUUCCCUCACUUACUCCAUUCCUUCGUUUCUUUCUCUUUCUUUCUUUCUUUCUUUCUUUCUUUCUUUCUUUCUUUCUUUCUUUCUUUCUUUCUACCUUCCACUAUUUUUUGCAUUUUUCUUUCUUUCUUCCUUUCUUUCUUUCUUUCUUUCUUUCCUUCCUUCCUUCCUUCCUUCCUUCCUUCCUUCCUUCCUUCCUUCCUUCCAUCCUUCCUUCCUUCCUUCCUUCCUUCCUUCCUUCAUUCUUUUUCCGACGAAAAUUUCUUUUGUUCUAAAGUUGCAUUUUUCUUUCUUUCUUUCUUUCUUUCUUUCUUUCUUUCUUUCUUUCUUUCUUUCUUUCUUUCUUUCUUUCUUUCUAACCUUUACGAAUAUAUAAACGCUUUAUUCCUCUCUUCUUUCUUUCUUUCUUUCUUUCUUUCUUUCUUUCUUUCUUUCUUUCUUUCCUUCUUUCCUUCCUUCCUUCAUUCUUUUUCCGACGAAAAUUUCUUUUUGUUCUAA